UGCUGCGUUAUACUUUUUUUAUAUCCUAUGUAUAAUACAUCUAUAAAAUGACCUACUUGCUUCAAAGACACCGAAAACAUAUAAAUAACAUCGUAUUUCUACAUAGCAUCAUCACAUCUAUUUGUAUUACAUCCAAGAUUCAGACUGUGUUUUUUUCGGAUUACAAGUAAUUCAAAGCAGAAAUGAAGCUAAUAAUUGUGCUAGUAAUGAUGUUGGUUUGUGUGUACAGCAUGAGUAUUGAAAAGAAUAUACCUAAGAGUCACGAUGUACCACCCAAAAGACAAGUUGCAGAAACUAAAGUUGAAAAAAAGAAACGUAGCGAUGAUGGUGAUGAGGAAAUAUGCGAUGACGAUGAUGAAGAUUGCGAAGACGUAGUAGAUAUAGAAGAAUGCAAUGAAGAUGAUGAUGAUUGUGAAGAGGAAAAAAAGAAAAAGAAAAGGGAAACUAAAUCUAAAUUAAAGAAACGUAACGAUGACGAAGAAGAGGAAGAAUGCGAAGAAGAUGACGAAGAUUGCGAAGUUGAAGUAGAUAUAGAAGAAUGCAAUGAAGAUGAUGAUGAUUGCGAAAAUGGAGGAGAAACAGAAGAAUGCGAUGAAGAAGACGAUGAUUGCUAUGAUGAAGAUAAGAAGAAAAAAAAGGAAAACAAACUGAAAAAAGAAAGUAAGAAGAAAAAUUCAAAAAAAACAGUGUCAAAGAAUGCAAAGAAAAGUUCUAAAAGAUCAACGAAUACAAAAAAGACCAGCCAAAAAAAGCAACAAAAUAAAAGAGGCGCAAUUCAAAAAAACCUUAAAGCUAAAAGAAGCAAACUUUAAAAAAAAAUUCAACCUGAAUUUUUAAUUAAUGUAUUUUUGUAAAAGUUACGGCGUUUUUUAAUAUUAUGUUUAUUUUUUGAUUGCGUUUUUUGUAGCUCUACUUUUUAAAGCCAAGGUAGAGUUUUCAGUAUAACACAAUAUUUAAAUUA